AUGAGUCUACAACUAGUCACAGUGCCAACGAGAACGGAAGCUCGAUAUGUGAACGGAACAUUCAGUGUCACUUCAACGCUCAUUGACCACAUCUACUGUUUAUUUGAAAGAAAUGUUGCGUCAGUACAUGUACCACCACUUUCUCUGAAUGAUCACUAUCCUGUCUUCCUCGUACGUCGUUGUAACGCUUCCUUGAGAUCAAAACGAAAUGAAAAGAACGCUAUUCAAUAUCGAUCCUUAUCCAACUUGAACAAAACAGAUUUUCGUGAAGAUCUACGUCUGGCCCCAUGGUCUUCAAUUGAAGCAUUUGACGAUCCAACUAGCGCCCUUGCACUCUGGUACGAGAUCUUCCAGAGUGUUGUUGAACGACAUUCCCCUCUCCGAACGAAAAGAGUCAAAUCCUUACAGCUUCCUAAGUGGAUGACGCCUGAAAGUCUGUCUGACAUAAAGAAACGAGAUCAGCUAAAAGCAAAAGCUCGAAACGGAACAAUAUCAUGGGAAACGUUCAGACCUGCAUGUAGGAACAGAAUAUCAUUCAACAUUAACAAGCAAAAAAGAAUUACUUUGCACACGAAAUUUUACAGAACAAACAUGACUCGAGGAAACUAUGGAAACUGA